AUGGAGGUUGUCGUGGAAAACGCCUCUGGCAUCCCGGAGGGGAGCAUUCUGUCCAUUCGUGCUGGCAACGUCAGACGGCAGGGCACGCUUUCCACCGACAAGCCAGUGCAGUUCGCCCAAACAAGUCUUCUGGAUGCGUGUCCAUUCAAAGUGGACAUCUUUGCCCCUCUGGGAAGCUCCAGAUUGGUGUUGCGACCAAAGAAUGAUCGCUACACCGUGAGCUUCGGAGACCAUGAGAAGAAGAUGAGUUUGGACCUGCUGGUACAAGGGCUCUCAGCGGCUGGACCCGACAAGCCACAGCUUACGGCACCGCGUGAAGAGCUGUUAUCUGAGACAGAGGCAUACCUGGAGCGUCACGAGUUGCAGCGCUUCAUCCAAAACUUGAUCACGAGUGUCUUGGCCGACAAGCCUGAUGAUCCCUAUGCUUACAUGGCACACCACCUGUCCAACGCUCGAGUGAAGGAAAUCCCGCGACCACCAUCCGUGCAGGCUGCGCAGAGCCACACGAAGCGUCCAGCCAAGAAGCCUGCACGACUGGCGCCUCACAAGAAGAGCUUUGGCCAUCCAGCCUUCGUCGUGGAAGACUUUGACGGGAAUCUACUCACGUUGAGGGAGCUGGAGGCACGGGACAUCGUAGCUCCAGGAGCAGAGUUGAGGCGAUUGAUCAUCGAUGACCUUGGAAAGGUGUUCACGUCAAAAUGCCUCCCUUCUCCACUGAAUGAGAUUGUUGGGCACUUCAUCCCAAACGAUGCACGAGCCACUCAGGCAAUACAACUUGGCAGCAAUGAUUGCUUCUACCAGAUGCCGCUGGCUGGUCCCAGGUCGACACUGCAUUUCGAUCCCGAGGAAGUUGUGGCCACUUUGGUGACCUGUGGCGGCUUGUGCCCUGGUCUCAAUGCAGUUAUACGUGAGUUGGUGAUGAUGCUCGCGCAAUAUGGUGUCCGCAAGAUUUACGGCAUCCGCGGUGGCUACAAGGGGGUAGUCAAGCCGGAGACGUGGAUGGAGCUGACGCCAGAUAAUGUGCAGGAUAUCAACAGCAUGGGAGGGACCAUCCUUGUCAGUGACCGGGGUAACCCAACAGAAGAGGAACAAGUGCAGGUUCUGAUGGACAUGGGAGUCCGUGCUCAUUUCAUCAUCGGAGGUGAUGGCACUCAUCGUGGUGCCUUCGACUGUGCGGAGCUGGUCAAAGCCAAAGGCUGGAACUGCUCAGUUAUCGGAAUUCCGAAGACUAUCGACAAUGAUAUCCCCAUGCUGGACUGCACUUUUGGUUUCGACACUGCCUGCAUGGAAGCAGAGCGCGCCAUCAAAGCUGGAUACGUGGAAGCCACUUGCAAUGCCAACUGCAUUGGCCUCGUCAAGCUGAUGGGCCGGCACUCCGGCUUCAUUGCCUUGCAUGCGUGCUUGGCAGCGCGGAACGCGGACAUUGUGUUACUCCCGGAGAUGCAGAUCUGCUUGGAGAAGGUUUUACAGCAUUGCUUGGAGUUGAUGCAGUCCAAGGGUCACUGCGUGAUCGUGGUGGCCGAAGGCUGCGGAGACACUCUGCUCAAAAGCUCUGGGGAAGUCGACGGCGGCGGCAACAAGAAGCUUGCUGACGUGGGACCUUGGCUUCGUGACAAGCUCUUGGAACGCUUCAAGCAGGUGAAGCUGCCGCUGACAGUCAAGUACAUCGAUCCAACCUACAUGAUCCGAGCCAUCGGGCCAAAUGCAAACGACAGCGUUUACUGUUCCUCGCUGAGCCACAACGCGGUGCAUGCCGCCAUGGCGGGAUACACAGGAAUUACUGUGGGCCAGAUCAGCAGCAGACAAGUCUUGUUGCCGAUUGCUUGCGUUACGAAGAAUCCGCAGAAGCGAGUUGACCUCAAGGGUCAAAGGUUCCAGGAGCUGGUGAGCUCCACUUUGCAGCCGAACCUGGCGCCAGAAGGUGCCGAGGAGGGGGUGGAUCAGGCACCGAUCCCCGCGGAGAAUCCACUGCUGCACGAUUCAGAGCCGGUCGAGCUCAUCGGCGCGAUCGGAGAAGGAUGCGAGGUUCGGCGUCUUGAGCUGGAGCAUCUGUCUCUCAAGUUUGGUGACCAGUCGGAGCCGACAACGCUGAUUGAGCAGGUGAAAGGAGGCAGGGUUUGCUUCUUCGAUGAAGCUUCCUGGGUCACUCAGACACUCGGCCUUCCCGGUGUGCGCCUGCAGAUGCUGAAGGCUGGGCCACGAAAGAAGCUGUACUUCAAGCCGUCGGAGGUCGCAGCCACCAUCGUCACCUGUGGUGGCUUAUGUCCUGGCUUGAACUCUGUCAUCCGUGAGUUGGUCAUGAUGCUGUACGCCUAUGGUGUCAAGAAGGUGUACGGCAUCAAAGGGGGUUUCAAAGGUGUCGUGAAUCCACAGAGCUGGGUCACAUUGACGCCCGAGAAUGUGAAGGAUAUUCAUUUGCAGGGCGGGUCAAUCCUCGUGAGCGAUCGUGGGAAUCCUCCUCACAUGGAGAUGGCGAAAGCCUUGAAGAAGCGUGGUGUGCGUCAGCACUUCGUCUUGGGCGGAGACGGUACACAAAAAGGUGCGUACCAGACGUACGAGCAAAUGCAAUCGAUCGGUUGGGAGUGUGCCGUCGUCGGCAUUCCAAAAACAAUCGACAACGACAUCAAUUUACUGGACCGCAGCUUCGGGUUCGACACAGCCAUGACGGAAGCACAGAAGGCCAUAGAAGUCGCGUACGUCGAAGCCACGUGCAAUGCAAACGCCAUUGGCCUGGUGAAGCUCAUGGGCAGGCACUGUGGUUACUUGACAAUGAUGUCGGUCUUGGCUGCUCGUCACGUCGACAUUUGCCUACUCCCGGAGAUGGACAUAAACCUCGAAAAGGUCCUCGAUCAUUGCGUAGAACUUGUAAGCACAAGUGGGUAUGCCGUGGUCGUGGUCGCGGAAGGCUGUGGAGACACACUGCUUCACAGCUCAGGAGCAAUUGACGAAGGUGGAAACAAGAAGAUCAACGAUGUCGGGCCGUGGCUGAAGGAUGCCAUCACGUCGCAUUUCAAAACCUUGAAGCUGCCAAUUACCAUCAAGUACGUGGACCCGACCUACAUGGUCCGUGCAGUGCCUGCCAAUCCCAAUGACAGUAUCUAUUGCUCGGAGCUGGCGCAGGCAGCCGUGCAUGCUGCCAUGGCCGGCUACACAGGUGCAACUGUGGGCAAGGUCGAUCAGCAGGUCGUGUACCUUCCCAUCAAGAUGCUCACCUCGAUGCCCAGCCGCGUUGUCGACAUCAAUGGCCGAUGGUUCGAAGCCCUGCGAACCACGACGCAACAGCCAAAUCUUGAGUGGGUCGGCAAUGCCGCGGCCAAGCCCAUAGAUCCUACGAAAAAGCAAGCCUUGCUGCGGUCCCGACGUGCCGGCCCUCAUACCUGGACAAGGGGGAAGAGCAUAGACGACUUGGAGAAGUCCGAUACGCUUCGUGUUCCAGACACGACGCUGACCAUCAUGGACGGAUUCGGGAGGGUCCGGGAAAGUCGGCCUUUGGCCAGAGAUGACCUCAUACAGGACAGCACGGAGCUACGCUCCCUUCAAUGUUUCAAUCUGAGUGAGCGCUAUGGGACGUUUGACAUCCCAUCCACCUUAAAGGGUGUCAGGCUGUUCAGUGACAACUUCUCGUGGACUUCUCAAGCCCUGUUCCUCGGAAAUCGUUUGGACUCUGGCAGAGGGGUCCCGUACUUCAAAAUGACUCGCGCAGGUCCGCGCGAGUUUUUGCAUUUUGAUCCGCACGACCCAGCAUCGGCUGCUGCCAUCAUCAGCUGUGGCGGGAUCUGCCCUGGCCUCAACUGUGUCAUCCGCGAGAUUGUCAACACCCUGUGGGCCUAUGGCGUGCGUCGCAUCUACGGCAUCAAAGGCGGCUACAAGGGAAUUCUGGAGCCAGACACGUGGUUGGAGCUCAACCCCGAGGUUGUCAAGGACAUACACACGGAAGGUGGCACAAUGCUCGUAAGUGACAGAGGCAACCCUCCCCACUUGGACAUGGCCAGGGCAUUGCAGAGCAAGAACAUCCGACAGUACUUCGUGCUGGGUGGUGAUGGAACGCACAAGGGGGCCAUGCAGACCUUCAACGGCAUGAUGGAGAUUGAUCAUGAGUGCGCAGUCGUCGGUGUGCCGAAGACAAUCGACAACGACGUGCCCAUGGUUGACCAGACCUUCGGCUUCGACACAGCAUGCACGGAGGCAGCCAAAGCUGUCAACUCCGCGUACGUUGAGGCAAGGGGUAACGCCAACUGCAUUGGUCUUGUCAAGCUCAUGGGGCGUCACUGUGGCUUCAUCGCCAUGAAUGCUGCCCUGGCCGCACGCAACGUCGACAUAUGUCUCAUCCCCGAGAUGGAUAUUGAUCUAGAGAAGGUAUUGAACCAUACGGAGCACCUGAUGCGCACGAAGGGCCAUGCCGUGAUCGUGGUGGCAGAGGGCUGUGGCGACACGUUGAUCCAAAGCUCUGGGGCGACGGAUGCAGGUGGCAACAAAGUCCUUGCAGAUGUGGGGCCAUGGCUGAAAGAUACCAUCACCGCCCGUUUCAAGUCUUUGGGCUUGCCGCUCACGAUCAAGUACAUUGAUCCCACGUACAUGAUCCGCUCGGUUCCGGCCAAUUCCUUCGACAGCACCUACUGCUCGGUGCUUGGGCAAAUGGCAGUGCACGGAGCUAUGGCCGGUUACAGUGGCAUCUCUGUGGGAAAGAUCUAUGAGCGUUAUUGCUACUUGCCAAUUCAUGCCAUCACCAAUCAGAAAGGCAAACGUGUGAACCCCAAUGGUCGAUGGUUCUUCCGUAUGCGCGAGUCGACAAAGCAGCCGGACUUCCGUCCCGACAUUCCUUCCGCACCUCCGAAGUCAGCGGGGACACAGGACGUGCUGCAGGCGUUGUCCAAGCACAGCAGCAUCAACGAGCUGCUGCAGACGGGCGAUACCAUCAAACGCCUGGAGGUGGUCAACUUGAGUGACCAGUUCCCAUCAGCACAGGCAGUGAAUGAGAUCCAGUUUCCUGGCGAUAUGGCCAUGGGCCCGGACUCCUGGUCAACGCAGACGCUCAUGCGCCAUAACCGUCGUGAUGACCGGGGCCGUGCCUACCUCCAGCUCUUGCGCAGCGGCCCACGGAAGAUUUUGCACUUUGCUCCAAGUGCAAGCUCGGCCGUGAUCGUCACGUGUGGAGGCUUGUGCCCCGGCUUGAACUCCGUGAUUCGCGAGUUAGUGAUGACUUUGGCCCGAUAUGGUGUAAAGAACAUUUACGGCUGCAGGGGAGGCUACAAAGGCAUGGUGCAGCCCGACACUUGGAUGACCCUGACGCCGGACGUUGUGCAGGACAUCCACAAGGAAGGAGGCACCAUCCUUGUCAGUGAUCGUGGCAACCCUGCGCAUAUGGAAAUUGCCCAGACUUUGCAGAAGCAGAAUGUCAAACAAUACUUCGUGAUUGGUGGCGAUGGCACGCAAGCGGGCGCGUUCGAGACCUUCUCUUGCACCCAGGAGAUUGGCCACGAGGUUGCCGUGGUUGGUGUGCCCAAGACCAUUGACAAUGACAUCCCCGUCCUCGACAGGUCUUUCGGCUUCAACACCGCCUGCAGCGAGGCGGAGAAGGCGAUUGAUUCCGCCUACGUGGAGGCCACGUGCAACUCGCACUGCAUUGGCCUGGUGAAGCUCAUGGGUCGGCAUUGCGGUUUCAUUGCCCUGCAUGCCACCUUGGCAGCACGCAGCGUUGACAUUUGCCUACUGCCCGAGAUGGACAUCUCUUUACCACGGGUUCUGCACCACGCUAUGCAUUUGAUGAAAACAAAAGGUCAUGCCGUCAUUGUAGUGGCCGAGGGCUGCGGUGACACGCUUCUGAAAAGCUCUGGUGAGCGUGAUGCCGGUGGCAACAAGAAGUUAGCCGACGUGGGACCAUGGUUGCGUGAGCAGCUGUUGGCCUAUGCGAAGAGGAUGCAGCAGCCCCUCGCCGUCAAAUAUAUCGACCCGACCUACACCAUCCGAGCCGUGCCGGCCAACACCAAUGAUAGCGUGUACUGCUCGGUGCUGGGAGCCCAUGCCGUGCAUGUGGCGAUGGCAGGAUACACAGGAGUUGUUGUCGGCAAGGUGGACGAGCGUUUUGUCAUGCUACCAAAUCACGCCAUCACAAAGGCGCCGUUGAGGCGGGUGGAGCUAAAGAGCUCUAUUUUCGAGCGGAUGAUGGCCACUACGGGUCAGCCAAACCUGGCGCCUGGUCUUGGAGACGAUUGGGCCUUGCUCCCUUCACCGCCGCCCCCCACACCAGAAAAGCCGCCAGUGGCGCCGCCGGAAAUGCUCAGCUUUGCAGAAUGGAACGGACUCCAAGUGGAGGAGGAGGUUGCAGAAGUGGCAAACCUGGAGAUCAAGGACGUGACUCUGAACACCUUCGAUGGCUUCGGAGAGAUGAAAGAGUCCCGACCACUCCUGCGAAGUGAUCUACUGAAGAGCCACGACGAGGUGCGGAAGCUAGAGAUCAUGCGCCUGAGUGACAACUUUCCGUCUGCAGAGGCCACUUCGCCACUGAAGCCGUCUGCAGGAUUCCUGGAUAACGAAUCCUGGACGGUAGAAGCGAUCUCAAGCGCGACCAGGGUGGACUCAGGCGUCGGACGACCCUACUACCAACUGAUGAGGGCCGGGCCUCGGGAGAAGCUUCAUUUCGACCCGCAGUCCGCUAGUCAGCUUGCCGCCUUUUGCGGCUUUUGCGCAGUUGCCGAGCUUUUGCUGGAUCCGGGUACAUCCGGGGCCGACAGGAUCAUAUUGCACGAUCUCGUUGCAAAGCGUACCCUAGUUCGUGAGGGACAGUUUUUUUUGACCAGCCGCAGCCAUUGGAUCGCCUCACGUAGCAUAGGCAGCGAGAAGGUUGUAGCAGGUCUCGGAGACGAUGCGUUUCCCGUUGUGCUGAGCAUGAAGUGCCCGGGCUCUCCAUCCUUCAUGCACGCUUCGGCUGAGGUAGUGGCUAUCGCAGAUGCGAGCUGCACGGAUGUCCAGCAAGAGAUGCUGGCAAGAGUGCAAUCACCUUCCUGGAAAGACCCGCACAAUGCAGGAACCUACAAGGUUCUGCCAAGCAAGUCCAGCAGUCAGCUGGCAUUUUCGCGCCUCACAGGCGACAAGAAAUACACUGACAAGAUGACCAUCACCCUUGCAGACACCAGUGGAAAGUGCAUGAUUAUGGGAUGUUCUGAGUCCCAAGUGUUCUCGGUUGUCGACUUCUCCACCAACUACUGCAACCUGAGGAACCUGUACUGCAGCUCAGAGGAUGGCUGUCAGACUGUGAAGCAUGCUUUCAACGUAGUGGAGUCGAAGGUGACGCCAUCUUUAGGUGGCAUCUUCCAAAGGCUGAAAGCUUACGGGGUCCCCUAUGUCUUCGGAGUGAAGUCUGGCUUUGGCGGCCUCCCAGAAGAACAGAACUGGCUGGAGCUCACCCCGGAAGUGGUCCAGGACAUCCACAACAAAGGUGGCACUGUCCUCGAAAGCGAGCGCGGCAAUGCACGACAUGCUGACAUGGCUGCCAUGCUGCAGACGCGCAGAUGCAAGCAGCUCUUCAUCCUGGGUGGUGACGGUGCACACAAGGGCACCCUGCAGCUGGCUUCGGCUUUGAAGGCGAUCGACCACGAAUGCGCAUUGGUGGCCGUCCCCAGCACUGUGGACAACGACCUGGCCAUGGUAGACACCAGCUUUGGCUUCGACACUGCUUGUACGGAGGCUCGCGACUGUGUUCAAGCUGCGUACGUCGAGGCCACCUGCAAUGCCAAUUGCAUUGGUUUGGUGAAGCUCCUUGGCUUGGGAAGCGGCUUCCUGGCCAUGAACGCAACCAUGGCAGCUCGAAAUGUCGACUUGUGCCUCCUGCCAGAAAUGGAGAUUGAUUUGGAGAAGGUGCUCGCUCACUGCGAAAACGUUAUGGCCACCAAGGGCUAUGCAGUCAUCGUCGUGGCGGAUGGUGCCAAGUCAUCGCUCUUCCGACGUGCCGGUGUGGCCGUGGAAGGCGACGUGGGCAUUUGGCUUCGAGACCAGAUCCUCGCCCGCUUCAAGGAGAAGAGCCGGCCCUUGACGAUAAAAUAUAUCGAUCCGACGUACAUGGUGCGCUCUGUAAAGGCGAAUGCAAACGACAGCUCCUAUUGCGCCGCACUGGCGGACCAUGCGGUGCAUGCGGCGAUGGCCGGGUUCACCUGCGUCUCUGUGGUGCGGACGUACAUGCGCUAUGUCUACCUACCGAUCCAUGCUUGCGUGACACACCCGAAGCGAGUGAAUCCUUUGGGCCGUUGGUUCGGGCGGAUGGCCUUCUCCACUGGGCAGCCGCGAUUUGAACCGGACGGCUUUGAAUAUGCUGCAAUGCCGGAUCAAGCUGCAGACUUGAAGAAGAUCUCCACACCCAUGGACAUUGCAGCAAUUCUGCCUUCCAGCUCAGCAAUCAGCCGGCUUGAAUGUGUCAGCCUUUGUGAGAAGUUCCCGUCCAAGAACGUGGACAACCCCAUCAAAGGUGCUCUGGCCGAAAAAUCGUACCGGACCCUGUUCGUGCAGUCAGACUGGUUUACAACACAGUCUUUCGAUCGCUCCGGCGCAGCUGACUGUGCUCCACGCACCUACCUUCAGUUUCAGCGGACCGGACCAUCGCGCGAGAUCCACUUUGAUCCGAAGGAUACGGAGAUGGCGGCCGCCAUUGUCACUUGUGGUGGCUUGUGCCCGGGCUUGAACAACGUCAUCCGUGAGAUCGUGAUGAUGUGCUUUGCGUAUGGAAUGAAAAAGGUGUACGGCAUCAUUGGUGGCUUCAAAGGCUGUGUUGAAGAUGACAAAUGGGUGGAACUGACUCCGGCCACAGUGGAGAACAUUCACAAGGUUGGUGGCAGCAUCCUCGUUUCCGAUCGAGGAAAUCCACCUCACUCAGAAAUCGCAAAGGUAAUGCAGAGACGCAACAUUCGACAGUACUAUGUUCUCGGAGGCGACGGAACCCACAAGGGCGCCAUGCAGUCCUUCAAGUCAAUGACAGAGAUCGGCCAUGAGUGUGCCGUUGUGGGCGUCCCGAAGACGAUUGACAACGAUAUCACCCUUGUGGACCGCACUUUUGGUUUCGACACAGCUUGUACGGAGGCUCGUAAAGCAAUCGAUUCUGCCUAUAUUGAAGCGACCACCAAUGCCAACUGCAUUGGCCUGGUGAAGCUGAUGGGUCGUCACUGUGGCUGGAUUGCCUCCACCGCCACCAUUGCUGCGCGAAACGUUGACAUCUGUCUUAUCCCGGAGAUGAACAUCUCCCUGCCGAAGGUGAUGGACUAUGUUGCGGAGGUGAUGCGGCGUCAGAAGUAUGCGGUCAUUGUCGUGGCAGAAGGUUGCGGGGACACGCUUAUCACGAGCGAUGGUGGGAAAGAUGCUGGCGGCAACAAGGUCCUCGCAGACAUAGGUCCUUUCUUGAAGGAUGCCAUUACCAAACACCUGAAGAGCAUUGACAUACCAGUCAGCAUUAAGUACAUCGACCCGACGUACAUGAUUCGGGCGGUGCCGGCGAAUGCCUUCGACAGUAUCUACUGUUCAGUUUUGGCUCAGAUGGCGGUGCAUGCAGCAAUGGCCGGUUACACCGGCAUCAGCGUGGGCAAGGUGGAUGAACGAUACGUGAUGCUCCCGAUCCACUCAAUCGUCGACAAAGGAGCGCGAAAGGUGGACCUGCAAAGCAGAUUCUUCGAGCGCAUGUUGGACACCACUGGACAGCCUAGCUUGGCACCAUGA